AGUGGCUGGGUUAAGCACAUUGCACAUUUUGAUAGUAAUAUUCUGCAUUUUAAGCAAGAUGGUGUUGUAUCUAAGCUGUGAUAUUUUCUGUUCCAAGAGGAUCAUAGACAUGGCGCGAGGAACCAACAAUGUGACGUCAGAGUAGCCUGCUACGUGAUGCCAGAACGACUUUCUCUGCGGCAGCCACUGCUCGGAGGCACCGUGGAAGCCCCGCAGAGACUGGGUCAAGUUUGGCGGAAAAGUAGGUUACAGGGCGUUUUGAUUCUUUAAUCCAAAUCUCAAGACAUCUGGUGUUUAAUUUAAUUUCCUCUAAGUUUUUAACGUUGAUUGUUUUGCUUUUAACUAAGCUGUUUCUCCUUCUCUUCUAAAGCUUCUUUUAAAAUGUGUAUGUCCUUCAUAAUGAGUGAUCAACCAUUCCACUCCAUUCUUAAAACUUAUAAUGUUUCGUCCAGUCUCGAAGACAUGACACGCACUCGUUACCAUAUUUACGCCUUGUUAAUUUUAUAAUGCUAUAAUGGCUAAUCUUCCAGAAUUUGGCGGUUUCCUGUCUUAGAUUAUUUGUGUUCUGUCCGGAACUAUCCAAAAAUUCCUUUUUAUUGGACAUCUCCAUAAAAAGGGAACCGUCCAGAUCUAGCGGCAGAGUCUUCCUGUCACGAUCUGGGUUUUUGGUUCUCGUUUUGUUUCUUGUUUCUGGCAUUUAUUUUGAAGGACUCUGUUUUCACUUAGCAUGUUUUGGUUUCCUGUUUUGUUUUGGUAGUACUUCCGGUUUCUGUUUUCAUCUGGUUAGUUCCUGUUUCACGUCCCGGUCUCAUUACACACACCUGUCUGUCAUAAGUAAUCACCUGUGUAUUUAAACCACCACCAGUCACCAUAGUCUUUGCCAGAUCGUUGCACGCAUGUCGUCACCUUCCAGCAGUUCCUGUUCAGCCUACCUUGUCUUCGACCCUGUUCCGAGUUCCUGACCGCCGUUUCUCGCCUGAUCCUGACCGGUACCGUACUCUGUUUAUUUUGUUACCGAAACCUGCAUGUUAACUGGAACUGAUUAAGCCUGCUGUUUUGGACACGUAAUUCUGAGCCUUCUGUUAUUGAACCACACCUUUGUCACGAUCUGGGUCUUGGGUCUAGUUGUUUCCUGUUUUAUUUUGGUAGUCUCCUGGUUUCUGUUCCUGUUUUAGCUUCACUCCCGGUUUACGUCUUGUCACAGCUGUCCUGGUCAUUACCCACACCUGCACUUUAUCAGUAAUUAAGUCACUUUGUAUUUAGCCACCACCUGUUGCCAAGGUCCCUUGCCAGAUCGUUGUUCGUGUGUUCAUCGUUGUUUUCCCCAGUUCAUUGUUCCUGCCGUGUUUUCGUGUUCUCUGGUUUUGAUGCUCGAACUUUUUUGCCUGCCUGACCACGCUUCACCGUCUUACGUAUGGUAUUGUACUCUCCUCCCGGUUAUGAUCUGUGCCUGCCCCUGACUACGUCUCUGCCUAAUCCCAUGUAACCUGCCUGAUCGCCUGUGUAUGACCCUGCCUGGACUUCACUCUGCAACUGGAAUAAACUACACUCUUUAACGCCAGAAAAUCGUGUAUUGUGCUGUGCAUGUGGGUCCUCUUCCGAGCGAUCCCUGACAGAACAAUCUGGCCAAACUUGGACCCAGCCAGCACUCAGCCGUCGCCCAGGUCAGUGACUGUUUUUGUUUCUUGUUUUUUUUUUGGCGGCGAGUCUCAAUCACCUGCGAGGAAGUAUGGAGUUCACCUGCGCCGAGCUACCCAGCGACCUACGCGUUUAUUUUAAAAUCCUCGCGGAGGAUUACCGACGGGCGAUUAACCCGGAGAACCAGUGCAGCGCCGUGGAGGUGGCGAUAUUGACGCUGGAGGACGAUGACAGCGCGUUAGAGCGCCCCAGUGUUCGUCGCCUCUAUGAGCGGCUGUGCGCGAGGUACGAUGAGUUAAUCAUCGCACCACGCCAGCGCCGGUCGCACCGCCGAUGGUUUCGGUUUCCUCCUCCCAGCCCCGUCGGACCGUCGUGUCUGCACCAACCUGCCCAGCUCCAUGGUUGUUCCGCUGGGAGGAUUUCCUGCACUCACGCGGUCCCCCGUCUCCAGCCCAGCCGCGCGCUGUUCAGUCUCCAGUUCAGCCGCGCGCUGUUCAGUCUCCAGUUCAGCCGCGCACUGUUCAGUCUCCAGCUCAGCCGUGUUUUGCCCAGUCCCCAGUUCAGCCGUGUGUUGCCCAGUCCCCAGUUCAGCCGUGUGUUGCCCAGUCCCCAGUUCAGCCGUGUGUUGCCCAGUCCCCAGUUCAGCCGUGUGUUGCCAAGUCCCCAGUUCAGCCGUGUGUUGCCCAGUCCCCAGUUCAGCCAUGCUCUGCUCAGGCUCCAGUCGCCGUUCAGCCUCGCCACGCUCAGGUUCCAGCCCCAGUCCAGUCGAGCCCAGUCCAGUCGAGCCCAGUCCAGUCGAGCCCAGUCCAGUCGAGCCCAGUCCAGUCGAGCCCAGUCCAGGUCUCAGUCCGGUCGAGCCCAGUCCAGGUCUCAGUCCGGUCGAGCCCAGUCCAGGUCUCAGUCCGGUCGAGCCCAGUCCAGUCGAGCCCAGUCCGGGCUCUAGCCCCGCUCCAGUCGAGCCCAGUCCAGUCGAGCCCAGUCCAGUCGAGCCCAGUCCAGUCGAGCCCAGUCCCAGUUCAGUCGAGCCCAGUCCCAGUCCAGUCGAGCCCAGUCCCAGCACAGUUGAGCCCUGUCCCAGUUCAGUCCAGUCACGCGCAGGUCUUGUCCCAGUCAGAGGACACCACCUGUCGAACGGGUGCUAGGCACACCCGAUCAGGCCGGACGUCUGCUCCGUCGAGCUCGGCGGUUGCAAGCAGCCAAACCGGCUCCGGAGUAGACGCCGUCUCAGUCGCUGCCGGCUCCAGUGGGGAGCCUGAGGGCAGCGCCGCCGGCUCCAGUGGGGAGCCUGGGAGCAGCGCCGCCGGCUCCAGUGGGGAGCCUGGGAGCAGCGCCGCCGGCUCCCGUGGGGAGCCUGGGAGCAGCGCCGCCGGCUCCCGUGGGGAGCCUGAGAGCAGCGCCGCCGGCUCCCGUGGGGAGCCUGAGAGCAGCGCCGCCGGCUCCCGUGAGGGGCCAGAGAGCAGCGCUGCCGGCUCCAGUAAGGACGCCGUUCCCGUCCCUGUUCCUGUCGGCCAUGUUGAGGCCGUCCCUGUUCCUGUCGGCCAUGUUGGGGCCGUUCUAGUUCCUGUCCCUGUCGGCCAUGUUGAGGCCGUUCCAGUUCCUGUCCCUGUCGGCCAUGUCGAGGCCGUUCUUGUCCCUGUCGGCCAUGUUGAAGCCGUUCUUGUCCCUGUCGGCCAUGUUGGGGCCGUUCCAGUUCCUGUUCCUGUCGGCCAAGUAGAGGUCGUUUCAGUCCCUGUCGGCCACGUUGCUGCCGUUCCAGUUCCUGUCCCAGUCCCUGUCGGCCAUGUUGCGGCCGUUCCAGUUCCUGUCCCAGUCCCUGUCGGCGUUGUUUUCCCCAGUUCAUUGUCCCUGGCGGCUCGGCUCCGGCCGCACCUGCAUCGGUUCCUGGCGGCUCGGCUCCGGCCGCACCUGCAUCGGUUCCUGGCGGCCCGGCUCCGGCCGCACCUGCAUCGGUUCCUGGCGGCCC